AUGACUGACGCGGGUGUGGUGAAGAUCGAAACCGUGUACAUAGCCGAACAGCACCUCUGCCAGCCGCUCAGAGGCCAUAGCCACCGUCAUCUCACGGCUCUCAGCCAUGUCGUUCAACUCCUCAUGCAAAAGUACUGCAAGGAAACGCCAGGCAUCGACGACCUCGGCCGCUGGGCCCCCGACUCGGACGGGUUUGCCUUCCUAGUCGCGAUCGAUUCUGCGUCGUCCGUCGUUGAGUUGCAAAGUGUUCGUAUCACCAGCUACAUUUGA